ACUAAAAGGAAAGCUCCCCUCCGCCAGCGCAACGUGCAAGAAGGGGGGGGAGAGACUCAAGCACACUAGCUGAUAAGCUUUCUUUUUUCCCCCUGAUCUCUCCUCCUUGUCUUUUGGCUGAAAGAAAAGUAACGGGAUGCCGAGGUAGCGCGGGAUGCGGCGGAGAGGAGACGCCGUGGGAGGAAGCCUCAGAACGAUCCAGAGGGCGGCGAAGCACGAAUGGCUUCCCCGAAGCUGCUUCCCGUCGCGGAGGGAGGCAGACAGACCGCACUAAACCCCGACGCGCUUGGCCGGGCUUCCGCUGCGCCGCACGGCCGGAAGUCUGCCGGCUCAACAGGAGAGGGGCUCCCCGGGGAGGGCGGCUGCGUCCCCGUCCGCGGCAGCCGCGGCCAAUGCCUUUCCACGCCGAGGACGGCGCCGCGCAGGGCGGGCUCGGAGGGGAAACUCUGCGCCCCCGGCGAGGAGAAGAUACGAGUGUGCUGCGACGAGGAGUUGGAGACGUCAUUUACCAUCGUCGACGAGAACGUUAACUUGCGAUUGGCCAGCCCGGCGACCAGCAGCAAAAGUGCUCACAGGCCAGCGCGCAACGGCGAGCCCUGCUCGGAGACUUUCCCGGAGCUCUCUUUCAUGUCCGAGGACGACCUCUCCUUCGGCGAGGGCUCCGGGGGCUCCGUGGACUACGGCUUUAUCAGCGCGGUCACGUUCCUGGUGACGGGGAUCACCCUGGUGAUCAUCUCCUACGCCGUGCCGCGGGACGUGGAGGUGGACCGCGACAGCGUGUCGGCGAGGGAGAUGGAGCGGCUGGAGAUGGAGAGCGCCCGGAUAGGUGCCCACCUGGACCGCUGCGUGAUUGCGGGACUCUGCCUGCUGACGCUGGGCGGCGUCGUGCUCUCCACGCUGCUCAUGAUCUCCAUGUGGAAGGGGGAGAUGUACAGGAGGAAGCUGGCCGCCUACUCCAAACGCUCGGCCAAACUGUACGGCUCCAUCAGCCUGAAGACAAGAUCCAGUCCCAGCCACUCCUCUGCGCGCUUGUCCCUGGAGGAGGAGAUGGUGGAGACUUUGGCUUAAGCUGCUGCUUUAAACGUAGAACCAUUUGUUUAAACAAGGAUUAAUGUCAGUCACACUCAUUUCAUAACAACCAGUCAACUAUUACAUAUGAGACCCUUAAUGGUAGGAAAUGGGCAGAGAGAUGGGCUCCACGUGGGAGUGUGUGUGGCUUACACAAUGAACACCUGCUACUUGCCUAUUUGAAAUGGGACAGCUCUGGGUAUGAGGGAACCAAGCUAAACUAUUGUUUUUCUUAAUACUAAUUCACCCUAAAAAAAACAAAAAAACAAGGGCCCAUAUGCACAAGUUGGCUGGGAAAUUACCACUGCUAGCAUUUGUCUGCCCAUUUUAUUUAUUUUUUUUAUUAUUUUUUUUACUAUAAGGGUUCCACAUGUCAAUGAUGACUGGGACCAAAGGCAGCCUAGUGCAUAAGCUAAUUAAGCUGCUGCUUUGGGUUUCCAGCCCAGCAGAAGGAUCCCAAGACCAAUGGACCAAAGCCAUGUGGUAAAUUACCUCCAAUCAACAUAUAUAUGUGGGCCUCUCAUGCAUUUUAAGGCUGGAUGUGCACUAAGUGGACAUGGACUCCCCGUUAGCAUCCUAUGGGGGAGCUACAAGGGUCAACGUAAUAACUCCUGUCAGUAAAGCAGUCUCAGCAUUUUUUUUAAAAAAAUUGCACAACUGUUCCAUGGCCCAUUUAGUGCCACACUCUAUCCAGAGUUGACCAAACCUAUGGAGGCAGAGAACCUUGUAGCUACACUCACAUUGUAGCCCAGGGACUAUCCCCCAAAAAGAUUUUUUUUCAGCCCGUUUCCUGCCUUUAUAGGUUUCAUGUGUAAACCGGUAGACCAGAGCCAGACAGAGACAUAACCAAGCUAGGUCCCCAGGCCAUCUACUGAGAACUCCUGACUUCUCACACAGAUUAAACACAUACAAAAAAACUAUUUGUAACUAUGUUUACGAAGAAAUAUCCUACAUCUAGAUUCACAUUAAAAGUUUAA